AUGACCUCCAACACCGCCAACAAUGGCGCCGACAUCGCUGAUAUUGACCCCAUAUAUCAGAACCUGGACUGGGCAAUUGGCCAAACUCUGAUUAUGGGCUGGGAUGGAAUAGAAGUCACACCCCAGAUCAGGACACUCAUCGAAGAUCAUCAUCUAGGCUCCAUCAUUCUCACCGCCAAAAACCUCAAAUGUAUGUCCUCCUUCAUCAAUCCUCGCCCAGGCCUGUCCCCCAACAUCCCGCUGACCCCUGCCGCAGCUGCUCAGCAAACUGCCAGACUCGUUCAAGAGCUGCAGACCAUUGCCCAAAAUGCUGGCCACCCCCAGCCGCUGCUCAUCGCCGUCGACCAAGAGAAUGGCGGCGUCAACAGUCUGUUUGAUGAGGACUAUGUAUGUCAAUUUCCCAGUGCCAUGGGCAUCGCAGCUGCCGGCAGCCCAGAGCUCGCCUACGAAGUCACCAAGGCCACGGCCACGGAAAUCUCAGCCUGUGGCGUCAACCUUAUGCUCGGUCCCGUUCUUGACGUCUUGAACAAUGCCCGUUACCAACCGCUCGGCGUGCGUGCCACCAGUGAUGACCCCCAGGAAGUAUCACAGUAUGGCCUUGCCGCCAUGGCUGGUAUUCGCGACGCCGGCAUCGCCACUUGCGGCAAGCAUUUCCCCUCCUACGGCAACCUCGACUUUCUUGGUUCAAGCUUGGACGUACCCAUUAUUACCCAGACCCUCGAAGAACUCAGUCUAAGCGCACUUGUUCCCUUCCGCAAUGCAGUCGCUUCAGGAAAACUUGAUGCCAUGUUUGUCGGCGGCUGCGGUCUCUCGAAUCCUUCCAUGAAUGUCAGCCAUGCAUGUUUGUCAGACCAGGUAGUCGACGACAUGCUGCGCAGCGAAUUGGGUUUCAGAGGCGUUGCCAUCUCUGAGUGCCUUGAGAUGGAGGCUCUGAGUCACGACCUCGGUGUUCAGAACGGCGUCGUCAUGGCCGUCGAAGCCGGCUGUGAUUUGGUCCUUCUCUGUCGAGCAUACGACAUUCAAUUAGAGGCCAUCAAGGGCCUUAAACUCGGCUUAGAGAAUGGCAUUAUCACCAAAGAGAGAAUAUUUACUUCACUGCGACGCGUUCUCCACCUCAAAUCUACCUGCACUUCUUGGACCAAGGCUCUCAACCCCCCCGGCAUCUCUUUGCUCUCCCAGCUUCAUCCUUCUCAUUUAGCCCUGUCUCGCCGUGCAUUCGACGAAUCAAUCACAGUCAUCCGAGAUAAGGACCAGCUGCUACCCCUUUCACAAUCGAUGCACCCCGGCGAGGAACUGCUACUCUUAACCCCUCUUGUCAAACCACUCCCAGCGUCGUCGUUGACCAAAAGCUUCUUGGACUCCAAGCAGGAUCAAUCACUAGCCACGGGUAAUCAUGAGCGAUGGGUGCACCGACGUCAGGACAGAACUGCGCACAUGAGCGGCGAGGGUGUAUUCCGCGAGUUUGGGAAAACCCUCGCGCGCCACCGGAAUGAGAAGCUGCUACACACAAGCUAUACUGCCAACGGUGUAAGGCCAGUGCAUGAAAAUCUCAUUAACCGCGCAUCUUGUAUAAUUAUCUUUACCGCCGAUGCAAACAGAAACCUGUAUCAGGCAGGUUUCACAAAGCACGUUGAUAUGAUGUGCUCCAUGCUCCGAAGUCGCGGCCAGAAGAAGCACCUUAUUGUCGUCGCCGUCAGCUCGCCGUACGAUUUUGCCAUGGACAAAUCCAUCGGCACGUACGUCUGCACUUUCGACUUUACCGAGAAUGCCAUGGCGUCCCUGGUGCGCGUCCUCAUCGGCGAGGUCAAGCCUGUGGGAAGCUUGCCAGGCACUCUUCGAAAGAGUAAAAAGGUCCUCAAGUCGCGGCAGCUUUGGCUGGUGGAAGAAUAUGACCGCGAGCGCGAUGCCACCGGUCUGGACGAUCUACUCAAGGCCAUCCAUCGCGCUGGAGGCUCGGACCUGGACUUUCUGUCCAACACGAGCGCAUCAGCAUUUGAACUCUUCAACACCAACAUCAAGGAAGCACAUUAUGUGGUGCGAAACAGUAGCACGCAAGCGCUGUACGGAUUUGUGGCCACGUACGUGACGGGGUCUGUCGGCAUCCUCGGGGCGCUCAUUGUCGACCCGACAAAGCGAAACGUGUCUAUCGGCCGGUCGCUGCACAAGCGCGCGCUCAAGACACUGUCACAGCAGCGCGGCCUCAAGAGGGUGCAACUCGGCGCGUGCUUCCCCGGCGUCUUCCCGGGUCUCGCGCUCGGCGCCGAGGCCGCCACAGUCAAGACAUGGUUCAGCAACAGCGGGUGGGACACGCAGUUCCCGCGACGGCUGACCAACAUGGUCAUUGCCGACCUGGGUGGGUGGGCGGCGCCCGAGGGCCUGCUGCCGACAAUCCAGCGGGCCAAUAUUAGCUUCGACCUGAUUCACGGGCUCGACAACGCUGACGCAGUGCUCCACCACGUGCGGGCGGCCGAGGGCGGCGGGCCCGAGGUGGUCGAGCUGUACCGCUACGCGCUGGCCGAGAGCAAGACGUGCGGCAUCGUGCGUGCCAAGGACCCCGCCGGUGCUAUCAUGGGCACCAUUAUCAUCUGCAGGCCUGGCAGCCCGCUGGCGACGUACAUCCCGGCUCUGCGGUCCCGGUCGGAAAGUAUCGCGGGCAUCGUGGCGCCCACGGUGCCGCCCGGCCCGCUGUCGACGUUGGUCCUACAGGGACUCGCGCUGAUGGGCGUGCGCCAAUGCAAGAGCCACAAGGCGAGCAAGGCAGUGCUCAGCCGGGUCGUAGAUGACACUUCCGAGCCUUUGAUUGCCAUGGGCUUCGACUCUCUGCAGAGCUUUGAAGAGAUUACCAACUCUCCAGACAUGUGA